CAAAAGAGACCCCCGGCUCCUCCUCCUUCCACCUGCCAGAUCCGCUCACUUUCCAGGCAUGAGAGUUUGGGCCUUUCUGUGUACCCUCAUGCUGCUGAUGUCCCUGGUGCUGUCCAAAUCGCAUGGCAGGUACCCACAGCGGUCCAUGGAGGUCCGAAAUCCAGACAUCGAUGCUUCCUGGUACACGGGGCGGGGCAUCCGGCCGCUGGGGCGCUUUGGCCGGCAGGAGGCCGGGGUCAACAGAGGGUCAAAGCACCCCGUCCGCCAUCUGUGCAUUCCCGUCGCGGCUGAAGACGACUCAAACGAUAACCAGUGAAGAUUGUGCUUUUUCCCCCAGCUCCUCACCCAAUGCCUACCCUGAUUUUCAUAUUAAUGACCAUAGCUUUGCCUUCUAAUUAUUUAUUUAUUCAUAUUUUUUGCUAAUUAAAGACUUUUAAAUAUUGCAACCAAAGACCUGAUGUAAAUUGAUGGAUGAGCCCCACCCUUUGCACCCUGAUGUAUCCUUUCUGUACUCAUUCUGUUCUGCUUCCUAUUCAUCCGAGGAACCUCAGCUUGCUGCUACAGAUUUAAAAGAGAACGUUUCAGAAAUAUUUAUGAAGUGUUUAAAUAGCCAUGGAUAACAUCAAAGCCAAGGCCAUUCAAGUGCUGAUAUUGGUUGUAGUCCCAAUGACUGUUUUAUGCUUGUGAGUGUACUACAGGUCAUGUGCUUGUUGCGAUCCUCUGGAAUAAACUGUUGAGCCAUAACUUAGAUAUUUCUCCAAACACUGUGAAUUCUGAUUGU